UUCAUUUCUUUCAGAGCCAUUCAGUGAACCAGACGCAUAAUGUUCAGAUUGCCAAAAUUUAUUUGUUUUUCAUUUUGUGGUAUACAUUGGCAUACUUUUUCUGUGAUAUUAUUUUAUCUAACUUCUCUGAACAGUCCUAUUAGAGGCCAGACAACACAAAACAUCAAUGUUCUGUUUGUGAACGAAGUGGGUAAUGAUUUGGCGCAAGUUGCUGUAGAUGUUGCGCUGAACUAUAUAAGAAAGAACCCAAGCCUCGGACUUUCAGUUGAGCUACUAACCGUCGAAGGAAACCGUACUGACAGCAAAGGGCUGUUGGAGUCGUUGUGCUCAAAGUACACUGAAGCGAUCAACACCAAUCGGCCACCCCACGUAAUAUUUGACACUACUCUUACGGGCGUUUCUUCGGAAACGGUGAAAUCCAUUAGUGCUGCGCUAGGAAUUCCUACGGUUUCCGCAUCAACCGGCCAAGAAGGCGACUUGAGGCAAUGGCGAUCUCUAUCAAACGUAAAAAGCAACUAUCUGUUGCAGGUUAUGCCUCCAACGGAUAUCAUUCCAGAGGUCAUACGAGCCAUCGUUACUUACAUGAAUAUCACAAACGCCGCAAUACUUUACGACGAAUCGUUUGUCAUGGAUCAUAAGUACAAGGCAUUGCUUCAGAAUUUCCCAACUCGACAUGUGAUAACGGCGAUCGGAAAUGAUCGCGACAGAGCCGAGCAAAUUGAAAAGCUUCGAAAUCUAGACAUUAACAACUUUUUCAUAUUGGGAUCGUUCGCUUCGAUAAAGAAAGUUCUGGAAUCUGCCAAGAGAGAAUUUUUCGAAAGAAACUUUGCGUGGCAUGCCAUAACCCAAUACCAAGGGGAGUUGUCCAGUAAUAUUGAGAAUGCAACUAUAAUGUUGCUGCGGCCCGUAUCGGACAGUAAAAGCAAAGAUCGCUUAGGAGUUAUUAGAACAACUUACAACAUGAAACAGGAACCGCAAAUAACAACGGUGUUUUAUUUUGAUUUGGCGCUUCGUACUUUUCUUGCCAUCAAGAACAUUCUACAAGUUGGUGCCUGGCCUCCAAACAUGAAAUAUCUGACUUGCGACGAGUACGACGGUACCAAUUCGCCAAAUCACACCAUCGAUUUGAAGUCCGCUUUCAUAGAGGUCACCGAACCCACAACGUAUGGGCCGUUUGAAUUUCCGAAAGGUAAAACCCCCUUUAACGGGCACAGUUUCAUGAAGUUCGAUAUGGAUAUUAGCGCUGUCACGAUAAGAGGCGGAGCUUCCGUCAGCACUAAGAAUCUGGGCAAAUGGGAAGCCAGUUUGGACAAUGCUCUAUACGUGACAAGUGAGGAUGAUAUGAAAAAUUUGACGGCCGACAUUGUGUAUCGAGUUUAUACUGUGGUGCAAGAACCAUUCAUUAUACGAGAUCCAACUGCUCCCAAAGGUUUCAAAGGUUAUUGUAUCGACUUGUUGGAUGAAAUUGCAAAAAUUGUUAAGUUCGAUUAUGAAAUCAAGGAAGUUGAAGAUGGCAAGUUUGGAAACAUGAACGAAAAAGGUGAAUGGAACGGUAUCGUACGCAAAUUGAUCGACAAGCAAGCCGAUAUCGGUUUAGGAUCGAUGUCCGUGAUGGCCGAGCGGGAAACUGUAAUUGAUUUCACGGUGCCAUAUUACGAUUUGGUUGGAAUAUCAAUCAUGAUGCUGCUGCCCAGUACACCGAGUUCGCUGUUCAAAUUUUUGACCGUGUUGGAGACGAAUGUGUGGCUUUGUAUUCUCGCAGCGUAUUUCUUCACUAGUUUUCUCAUGUGGAUUUUUGAUCGGUACAGUCCUUACAGUUACCAGAACAAUCGUGAAAAGUACAAGAAUGAUGAUGAAAAACGAGAGUUCAACAUUAAGGAAUGCCUAUGGUUUUGUAUGACUUCGUUAACGCCGCAAGGAGGUGGUGAAGCUCCGAAAAAUUUAUCCGGACGGCUGGUGGCGGCAACGUGGUGGUUGUUUGGAUUCAUCAUCAUUGCAUCGUACACUGCUAACUUGGCUGCUUUCCUGACCGUAUCGCGAUUGGACACUCCCGUGGAAUCGUUGGACGAUCUUUCGAAGCAGUAUAAAAUUUUGUACGCCCCUUUGAACGGAUCUUCGGCUAUGACUUAUUUCCAGCGAAUGGCGGAUAUCGAAGCCCGUUUCUAUGAAAUUUGGAAAGAGAUGUCGCUGAAUGAUUCUCUCACACCCGUGGAGCGCUCGAAGCUGGCGGUUUGGGACUAUCCCGUCAGUGAUAAGUAUACGAAAAUGUGGCAAGCAAUGCAGGAAGCUGGACUCCCAAAUAGUUUGGAUGAAGCGGUCGAGCGUAUUAGGAACUCCACAUCGGCCACUGGUUUCGCUUUUCUGGGCGAUGCUACUGAUAUACGAUACAAAGUACUUACAAACUGUGAUCUACAGAUGGUCGGCGAAGAAUUUUCUCGCAAACCGUAUGCCAUUGCAGUACAGCAAGGAUCGCCGUUGAAAGAUCAAUUCAACAAUGCCAUCUUGAUGCUUCUCAACAAACGACAACUUGAAAAACUCAAGGAACAAUGGUGGAAAAAUGAUGACAUUCAAAGCAAAUGUGAAAAACCGGACGACCAAUCCGAUGGUAUUUCGAUUCAGAACAUUGGAGGUGUCUUCAUAGUGAUCUUCGUCGGCAUUGGAAUGGCGUGCAUUACGCUGGUCUUUGAAUUCUGGUACUACAAAUACCGCAAAAACGUAAAGAUCAUUGAUGUCGCCGAGGCUACGGAAGAUAAACUGGCUCAGAAGACGUCCAAUUUGAGGUUGCCAAAUUUGAAGAACGAAUUUGGCGCUAUGGGCCAAAUAAAGGAUGACAGUCAGAAAACGCAAUCCAUACGGACACGCACACAAACGAUAGACGCCAACAACUUUAAAUCUCGUUUUUAAGAUACUGAAGUUCAUUUUUUGAGUAGUAACGUGUUGUUUGAAAUUACCCAAUAGAGAAGAAACAUAUUUUUGUCUAUCGCAUAUUAACAGGUUCCACUUGAAUUUUUAGAUUUCUUCAAUUAUUUUUUUUGUUUCAAAAUCAGAAGAAAUAUGAAAAUUGGACUGGAUCAGUUCUUCUUUCUCGACUCGUAUUUUUUUCUUCUCGAGAAAAUUGGAACACUAUGGAAAAACGCUUAAGAUCUCUAUUCUACCCUAUUUUAACUAGUACAAUAAACAUCUUGGCUACAUUAAAUUUAUUCUGUGGAUAAAUCUGAACACACAUUUUCUACAUCGAUUUAUACUAGGAUUCAGACCCACAGAGUAAUAGAAAUACAACCCUGUGGAAUUCGCAUUGUAACGUAAAGCUAGUGGGCUACAAUCAAAGUGUAGUCGUAAAAGGCCUUUUUCGAAAAUUUUUGAAUUGUAUAAAAGUUCUCGCAAAAGAUCUAAUAUCUAGUAUCCCACACAGGAUGCGAUGCAUGGAAUUCCAACAACAGCAAAACAAAAACGCGUAUCGAAUUUAAGAUACGAGGGGUAGUAACGUGUUGUUAUAUCAUUCUUGAUAUAAUCGUUAUUUUGAGAGUAGUAACGUGUUAGUAGGAUUGGUUAUGUAAUUUUAAUACAGUAGCUAGUAAGAUCAUCCCAAA